UCUGCCUACAGUGCGGUUGCGAAACGCGUCGCCGUUAAAACCAGCGGGCGCGGGGCUGGCCGGUAACUCUGGCCGAAGACGCUGUCCGAGCGCGGGCAGCAUGCAACGGCGCUGCCACCUGUCCGUACUGCAUCACUAACACCUGCCGGAUCCCUCGAGCGGAACCAUGAGUGGGAGUGUCGGAUGGUCUCGCGGUGCGUCUCUGUGGCGAGUGCUGUUCGUCUCCUGUCUGCUGCUCACUGCCGCGAGAGGACAGAAUGAUGCCGAGGACCAAGUGGACAGUGAAAUCGAUAGGCUAGACAAGCAGAAGCACUCUGGACUUACGAUCCUCGGGAAAGUAGUAGAAGCGUUCGUGAAGCUAUCGGCGCCGCGGAUGGGAGGAUUGAGUGGCAACAGUAGUAACGGGAACGGAAGCACGUGGUUGUACGGCGACAACGCACUGUGGCGGCAGCUCUUCACCAGCUGUGGGUCGGACUUGGGACUGCGCUGCGUCAAGAAGAACGUCUUUCUGUAUCUGGACAGGACUGUUAGCACCGUCGGUGACUUGCACAUCACCGACAGCCUCGUCUUCACCAGGAAUGGCGACCUGGUGGAGAACAAAUACUCGAGGGGCAGCAACGAAGUGGAGGACAGCGACGACGAAACGGAGGCGGGGCGGUCGUCAUCCAUCGACACGUUCGCCGGCGUGACGGACGCGCUGUACGACAAGGGCGCGGCCUUCCUGCAGACGCACGACCUGACGCUGCAGCUGCCGGAGACGCUGUUCGGCGGCGCCGUGCUGCGCCUCUCUCCGCGCGCCAUCUCGCAAGAUGGCGGCGCCCUCAUUACCGUCGAACCGCGGCACGACGCUGCGGAGCCCAGGAUAUUCUUCAAGAAGCACAAGUAUUUCAAGAAGAAGCUGAUGAUGAGCUUCUUCGCGCUGCUGAUGGUGAUCAAGAUGAUCAAGGUGAAGCUGAUGUUCCUGCUGCCCGCGCUGCUGGGCGCCGGCGCCGCCAAGAAGCUCUUCCUCAAGGUGCUGCUCUUCCUCUUCCCCGCCUUCGCCGGCCUCUUCAAGUUCUGCGCCUACUACCACGGCCUGCACGCCUCCAAGUACCACCACCAUCACCACCAGAUCGCGCACCACCACCACCACGUGCCGGUGCCGGUGCCGGUGCCAGUGCCGGUGCACCACACGGAGCACCACAUAGAGCACCCGCCCGAGGUGUACCACACGGAGCACCACGCGCCCUGGGAGUCCGGCCCCAGCGGGCACGACUACGUGAGCCGCGGCGACUACGCGGCCGCGGCGGCCGCCAUCCGCCACAACGAGCAGGAGCUGGCCAGCUGGGGGCUGGACGCGCACAGCCUCGCCUACGGCGGCCAGCUCGACGAGCAGCGCAUCUCCCGCAGCCCCGCAUCCAGUAACUCUGCGGGAGCACCGACGGCGGCGUCGGUGGGUGUGCGGCCGUCUCCCGUGUACAGCCCCGCCGUCGCUACGCACACCAAGGCGUCUUCAGCGGAGGCGCAGAGCGACCGGCGCACCGACCUCACCAAGCUGUACCAGCUACGCCUGCAGCAGCGGCAGCAGCUCCAGCAGCAGCAACAGCUCCAGCAGCAGCAGCUGCUGCAACAGCAGCAGAGCAGGAUACGCCUCCAGGUGCUGACGCCGAAACCGUCGCCGGCGGCCACGACGGUGCAGGUGGCGUACGACCCGUUCUACAGCCCCAUCCUGCAGCGCAUGGACAACGUGUUCGCGCAGCUCGGCUUCAACGAGGAGGCGUGCCGCGAGCGGCUAGUCUGCAGCAUGUACAAGCGGCCGGCGCGCUACAGCCCACACAGCAACCUCGUCUCCAACGAGCUCAGCAGGGACCCCGAGGAGCUGCAGCGGCCCGCGGUCGCCAACUCGGCGGUGGCGCGCUUCCACCGCUACGUGCAGGCGGCCCGCGACGGCCAGGACCAGAAGGACUGCCUGGCGCUGUACCCGGCCUGCACCGUCAACACCGAGCUCUGACCCAGUGACCGCGACCAACCCCUCCAGGAACUGGAAUGCCUCAGCCGCCUGGACGCCGGCCAACCUGCCCAGACAGAACCCGCAAAACACACUCGCAGUGGAGUCUGCCGCAGCGGCUUCUGUCUUUGGGACGGGAAAAACCAGUCUGCCCUUCUAGCAUUCCAGUCGUUUCCUCAGAACCAUUACUGAAUCACUCCCUGCACUAGACUGUUUGUUCCAUUUAACCGUAAUGUCGAGGCAUGGAACAUUUCUCUCACGCAUUCUGUACAAAUCCCAUACCUGCUGUGUAUGGUCUCAUUAGUCCCUCGGCCAGAACUAAUGUAAGCAGGUACACCGCUUCACUGCAGCAUCCUGAUGGCGAAAAUCUAAAGCAUCAGACAUACGAUAUCACAGACUGAUUAUCGUGUUUGAAUCAAUUACGGGUCGUACUUUGAUUAGUACGAACAUUAAUCAGGUGCUAUUAAGUGAUAAAGGACCUAAGUGAUCUUUCUGCACUCCUCUAGAACUGCUCAAAACAUCGUCACUGAUAGCAAUGGAUUUUUGACAAACUGUAUCUGAGUAUUUGAGAAUUCGGAAACAUUAAACGCCCUGCAUCGUUGGCAGUGUAGUAAGACAAAAUGAUAUCUUCUUGUUCCAAGAGAAAGCCAUGGCCAGCAACUCUACCAAAUAACAAUCGACAACUAAGAGAUAUAGGAGCGGAUGUAUUAAUAAAUUAGAAUGCGUUGAUGUGAGCUCAGCUUGUUCCGCUGUCUAAGUAAUCUUUACAGCUCUUACUUCAACUGCCGGUGUCAGGGUGCUGCAAUACUGAUUAUCCGUUUAUUGUAAUCACCGAAAGCCGCUUUUUUUUUUUUUAAAAAAAAAAGGUCAUUAAUUAGAUCCUUUCAAAAGUACCGUUGUUAAGGAAGGCGUGAUCAAUGUAAUCCAUUUCUAAGAACAAGUGUAUCUUGUGAGUGAAGCGUGUACCUGGCAAGGGAUUAAUUUCUGUGUAACGUACGCUACGUUCAUAGAAUGUGGGGAGAAACAUCGAAAUGUAUAAUCUUUCUUUGAAAGUAAAGCGAAUUACAUUUACUGUUUAAUUGAUUAGGUGGAUGUAGCUGCGACCAAAAGUCAAAAACGAGUCAAUAAGAGCAAAGGAAGUUGCUUCGAGGCUUAGAGAUGGGUUGUGCAUCAGUACUGAUUUGGAACACUCACGGAACUUGUGGUCGUUUUAAUAGAUAUGUUAUCAAAACACGAGCCACUGACUCAACGUGCUUUUAGUGCAGUGGAGGUACUCGUUAUCGUCAAUCACUACGCAGGAAAUUACCAAGACAUCAUCUUAAACACCUUAGAUUACGAACCUUGUUCAAAAUGUAGAUUUGAGUGAUAUUGCCCGACGGGAUUCUAAGAGGCGUAAAAGCUAAAAUAUAUUGCUUGGUGGCAAUUGUGCAAGAAAAAGUAUCUUCCACUGGUAUUAAAAUGAAAAAAUUUUCAAAUACCACCGAUUUCAGAUAUUUAUAAUACAUCAAAUGACUUCGUUCCUUAAUAUCUGAUGUUGACUUCACGGUUGAUUCAAAUACAAUUUCUUUCAGCCGACGAGGACUUUAAAAAUUUACUGUUCAAUUUUUUUUUAAGUGUAUGAUACUUACUAAGCACACAGUGAAUUUUUUCCAAAUAUUUUGUUUCCUUGAGUUCGACGAACAAAUUAGACGUAUAAAUAACACAGCCAUUGAUAAUUUGUUAGUUAUACAAAAUUUCUUGUCGUAAUUAUUACACAUGUUAAUUCGUACAUUUACAUGAAGUGUCCACCAAUAGCGUUAAGCACUAUGUUUGUGUGAUCGCUUAUCGUAUGUUCGUUAGUACAGAAUGUAACUUA